CAUAAUGCAAUCUAUUGUUUCAACAUUUAUUGGAUUAUUAUUCCCUCAUGCAUUAGAACUCGAUAGCGACAGCAAUACAGUUUACUUUCUGUUAUAUGAGGCAUAUUCAGCACGCUACAGUGUUAAAAUUAUUGCGGACAAGGAGUUGGUAAGGAAGGCCUUUACUGAUUACGAACCCACCUGGACGCUUGAUAGUUUGGUAAAUAAAAAGCAACCAAUCAUAAUAUCUGCAACCGGCACAAUGCUACAGCAAACAGCUGGUGCUGCAUUUCUUGUUUGUAAUAGUUUAAAACGUAUGGUGCAUCCGGAAGUUGGUCCUACACAAUUAAGUGAGGGUGUAAAAGAAGGCUACUUUCUGCUUAAUCUUUCCGCCGUGCAAAACUUUGACAUCGGUCCUGAAUUUUUCGAAUCUACCUUUGCUGUCAAUAAUGACUUGGAACGUAUGGACACUCUAUCAGAUAAUGGACAACCUACAAAUCUUGCGGAUGAUCAAGAAAUUCAAGAUCCCGACGUCUUACCGCCUACAAUGCACUGUACCCGUCAUAAUAAUCGUAGUCAAAUGGAAGACGCUGAGGAAGAGUAUGAUCCUGAGUCGGAAGCAGAAGCAGCAGCGGCAGAAUAUUACAGAUCAAGUAGACGAUUUUCAGAUUCUAGUGACGAUGACGACGGAUUUAAAAUUACAGAAAACAAAAAAGACAGCAAUACAGUAACAUCUGUUGACGAAGAAAUCAAACAAACUGACCAAGUUAUUUUUGACGAAGAUGGAAACGAAAUUGACGAAGACUUAGAUAGAAUACAUAGAUAUGAAAUAGUUCAACAGUCCAGUAACACUGUGUCAAAAGAACAUGCUCAAAGUACAAAUAAAAACACCGCAACAGAGGAGUCUAGUGAAGCUGCCUCUCGAUCUGACAGCCAAUCAACAAAACCGAAGUCUAGAAGAAUAAUUCAACCAGUAAAUACCGAUGAUAUAUAUGUACCACACUUAACAAAUAACUUGGAAAGUCUCAAGUCGCGUGACAAAGGAAAAGCUCGUGAUUAUGGGAAAACAUCUCAUAUCCAAGACAACGUGAAUCAUCUAUUGAUAUCAUCAUCGGCGGAUAUAGGACCUAUUCGUUCAACCGAAUUAAACAGUAUAUCCGAAAGCUCAGUGCAUCCAUUUUUUAGAAAAAGGAAUACAUCUAUGUCGUCUAAUGAAUCAGAAAUCUCAUUUGGUUCAAUACGCCGGAUGUUAUCUUCAGACUCCAUGAAUAGUGACCAUAAUUCUUACGAUUCCUCUCAAACUAACCCAUCCAAAAAAAGAAUGGAUUCUCCGAAUGAUGCAGAAAAACAGUUGAAUACAGUGGGUAAACGAGCAAAAAUUAACUCUCCACUACAGCUACAAAACGAAAUCAAUGAUGUGGCACAACAGCAAAUUAAAAGAAAACCGGGCAGGCCAAGAAAACAAAGCGAAAGUUCCCAAUUACCAGCUUUUGCAAAAAAUUUAAGUGAUGUAAAGAGAGGAAAAGGGAGACCACCUAAAAAGAGUGUGGAUGCUGAGCAGCCAGAGAAACAAGCAUGAAUAAAGCGCUUUAGCAACAAUUUGAAUAUGACUACAUUUAUUAAAUAAAAAUGUCUGACAUUGACAGAUUGCUUUUCAUAUAUUAAAAUAUG